CCUGGCAGGCUCGGAAGCGGCGGCUGGCCUGUCCGCCGCGGCCCGGUUCGGUUCGGCCCGGCUCGGCUCGGGCGGGCUCCCGCGGCGGGGCUGGGGCGGGCGGGCGCCGCCAUGGUUUAAAGGGGGGCGGGCGGAGGUGAACAGGUAGAAGCCAUGAACCUGCUCCCGGCCAACCCGCACGGCAACGGGCUGCUCUACGCCGGCUUCAACCAGGACCACGAUGGUGGUUUGGUGCUUGCUGGAAGUUUUGCUGCUUAAAGUGGGCUGGUCUCCCUCAUGUAGCUGUAUAAAUGUGCCUUAGAUCCUGUGCUCAAAAGGAUGUUCUUUGCAAAGUACGUUACUGAAAAGGAUGCUUUGCAUGUGGAAUGGAAAAUGGAUUCCGAGUUUAUAAUGCAGAUCCACUCAAAGAAAAAGAGAAACAAGAAUUUCUAGAAGGUGGCGUUGGCCAUGUCGAAAUGUUGUUUCGUUGCAACUAUUUAGCACUAGUAGGUGGAGGAAAAAAGCCGAAGUACCCACCUAACAAAGUAAUGAUCUGGGAUGACCUGAAGAAGAAGACUGUCAUUGAGAUAGAGUUUUCCACAGAAGUCAAAGCAGUUAAGCUGCGAAGAGAUAGAAUUGUGGUAGUCUUGGACUCGAUGAUUAAAGUUUUCACAUUUACACACAAUCCCCAUCAGUUGCACGUCUUUGAAACCUGCUACAACCCUAAAGGUCUCUGUGUCCUUUGUCCAAAUAGUAAUAAUUCUCUUCUUGCAUUUCCUGGAACACAUACUGGCCAUGUGCAGAUAGUGGAUCUUGCUAAUACAGAAAAGCCGCCUGUCGACAUCCCGGCUCAUGAAGGAGUCUUGAGCUGUAUCGCGUUAAACCUGCAGGGAACAAGAAUUGCAACAGCAUCAGAAAAAGGGACCCUCAUAAGAAUAUUUGAUACUUCAUCAGGGCAUUUAAUCCAGGAGCUACGAAGAGGAUCACAGGCAGCAAAUAUAUACUGCAUUAACUUCAAUCAGGACGCUUCCCUCAUCUGCGUAUCCAGUGACCAUGGCACAGUACAUAUUUUUGCUGCAGAAGAUCCCAAGAGAAAUAAGCAGUCAAGUUUGGCCUCUGCCAGCUUCCUCCCCAAAUACUUCAGUUCCAAAUGGAGUUUUUCAAAGUUUCAGGUUCCCUCAGGCUCUCCGUGCAUUUGUGCCUUUGGAACAGAGCCAAACGCUGUCAUAGCAAUAUGUGCAGAUGGCAGCUACUACAAGUUCUUAUUCAACCAAAAAGGGGAAUGCUCAAGGGAUGUCUACGCGCAGUUUCUAGAAAUGACAGACGACAAGCUUUGACUGAGCUGAGGGAGUGCGCAGGUCAAAGUGCUGCCUUGGCUAUUCCACAGCUUUGGAAGGACAGUAUAUGAAUGUCCAAUACUGAUCGACAAGUUCAGCAGACCUCACUGAGAAGCCUGGCCCAACGUGAUCAGAACAAGCUCUGAAGUAGUGGACUACCUAUGUUUAUUCUCAUUUCUGCAAGUAUUCAUCAUUAAAAUCUUUUUGGGUUACUGUCAUCAACUCAAGUUUUCAAGAUGUGGCUUUCAACAAGCUUGUGCCUAUUGGGUUUCUCUUGAUCUAAACUGUGAAAUGACUUUAGCUGAAACAUGAGUGCCUGCCACACGGAAAGAUCUGCAGGGGCCUGUACGGAUGUACAACGAGCCUUACAAAAAGGGAUGUGAAACUAGAAGACUUUAGGCAUUGUGUUAUUUCCACUGAGUGGCUGGGAGUGGGGGAAAUACUGUGGAUCAUGCUCAAGUAGAACUCAGCCCGUGUGGCUGGAGCAGAACUGCCCUCCCCUGCCCACAGAGGAACAGAGGAGCAGCGAUGACAAGUGUGUAGCCAUAGACAACUUGUCCUCUGACAGGGUGUGGGGGUGGGUGGGGGUCCUGUGGCCCAGACGUGCUGAUCAGCACCACCAGGGUGUCAACCUGUAUGGAGUGGCUGACAGCACCUUCAGGCGCUGCCUGACACAACCACCUCUCGGUGCGUGGAGUGCGUGGCCAGGACACUUGGGCAGCUGGAGCUCCUGUCAGGAAAGAGCUGGUGCAGGUUGACCCCCCAGGCACUGGUGUGGCAGCUGCUCCGGCCGCUUCCUGCUCAGUGCUUGGACCGGAGUGCCGGGCAGGCCCCACACAGCUGGCACAAGUGACCAGGGGACACAGAACAUACAUCUGCGAUGGCUUUACACCUGCAAACUGUUGUUUUUGUUUUCCUGGAGCUGUUGCAUACUACAUACUGUUGGCCUAGGGACAGUUAGGUUAGACUAAACCGACUGACUUGUAAACUCACUCCCAAAGUUGUUGUAUGGCAAUUAACACUUACUGCUGAACCAAGGCACAAGAGACUAAACUAGAAACUGAGAUAGACACAAGCGCUCUGUUCACAGCACUAACUACCUGGGGGGAGGGAGGUCUUGCUCUUCUGAAAUUUAAUUUCACAGAUGCUUCAACUCUGACAUGCCCAUUCACUCUAAGAUUGUUUAGCUGCAAGCUCUCUAAAUUUGACAAGUUUUUUCUAGUGUCACAUAACGUACUAAGGACUAACCUCUAUGCGGACUUGGAUGUCAAGGUUGCAUGUUGCUUUUAUGUGUAUUUAAUCACAAAUUGUUUUGCACACUUAUUUGUAAUAUGUUAUUUCUUUUAAAUAAAAGUGACUAAUUUUGCUGUA